AUAUACUGAAAGCAUAAACUGUCAAAUUAUUGAAUUUCUCUAGAAUGGUACAAAUUAAAUAUAAUGUAUUUGGAAACUAUAGCAGGUUGCUCUGGCUUGUGCUGCUUCUCCUGCCAAUCCCCGAUGCUGGAAAUCCUAUUGAAGUAAACCCAUAUCACCGUCGGCGGAUGAAGCGCCUCUCCAGUCCUCGUCUCGAACAGAAAACCUUCGAACUUGCCAAAUAUGUGGUCUCCCUUCGAUCCCGCACACCCAGUCUUUGCUUCGGGGAUAACCAUUACUGCGGCGGUGUUAUUAUCUCGCCCAUCUUUGUCCUGACCUCCGCCCACUGUGUCAUGGAUCAGCGCAAGAUCUUGCAUCGGAAUCGGUAUUUGGUCAUUGUGGCUGGUGGAUUCAAUCGUCUGGAUCAUAGAAAUGCGCAUGUGGUUAACUUGACUGUAGCUGGGAUCUUUGUGCCAACCGAUUUUACGGCUUACAAUACCCACAAUAUUGCUUUAAUAAAGUUGGGCAAACGCCUGCCCCUCGACAAUCCAAAUGUGGGUAUUAUCAACCUGCCAAAGGCCGAACCCGAACCGGGUCUCAACUAUACGGUUUUAGGCUGGGGCCGGAUGUUUAAGGACGGUUUCAUGGCCGCCCAAUUAAUGAGCAUCGAUUUGAAACUACUAACCCAAGAGAGCUGUAAAAAGAAACUAAACACUUACAUAGAUGAGAUGAUGUGUGCCGGAAAUGAAGAUGUGGAUGAGAAUGCAUGUGCUGGUGACACCGGUAGUCCCCUGAUUCUCCAGGAGACUGUCUACGGGGUGGUGAGCUAUAGGAUCGGAUGCGGAUCCAAAGCCCUGCCUUCGGUUUUCACCAAUGUUAAACACUUGGAAUGGAUCAAUGAGGUUAUGCAAAAGAAUGGAGCGAAUCAACUGAAAUCUCUGAUACACCUUUUUGUGAUGACUCCCAUUGGCUUGCUCAUUGGAAAUAAAAUUCUGAAAGGUUUUACACUUUAUUUGAUCACCAUUUAG